GAUUCCCGCCCCGCCGCUCCUUUCGCUUUCGCUUCCCGCUGCGCCCGCAGCUCCGAGCGCCGAGGGUCCGCCCUGAACGAGAUGGGGGUCGUCCAGAGUUACGUUUCAGAUUUAUUCAGAGGGAAGCCCGCUUUAGGGUCAAACAUUGUAAUGGAUGAGGUCAGUUUGACGAUCCCCAUCAGUAAAGAUGCCUAUGAAGCUCUUAAGAGAAGAGAAAACUGUCUAAAUAAUCUCGUUUCCAAAAAGUUUGCUUGUAUGUUGGCCUUCAGAAAAGCAACAAGAAGCACUGUUGAAGUAUACAGGAAAAAAGUAAAGUCAGGCAUUGACAUUUGUGUUUAUAAGGAUGAUCUCACAAGACACAAGGUGGAUGCUGUGGUGAAUGCAGCCAAUGAGUAUCUUGAACACGGAGCAGGUCUUGCUUUUGCCCUUGUAAAAGCUGGAGGGCCAGAAAUAAAAGAGGAGAGCAAGCGUUACGUUCAAAGGUGUGGAAUCGUCAAAGUUGGUGGUAUAGCAGUGACAGGUGGAGGGAAGCUUCCUUGUAAGGAAAUUAUUCAUGCAGUUGGUCCUAGGUGGUAUCCUUCCGACAAGGAAGGAUGUUGUGACCUACUUCGGGAAGCUAUUUUGAAUGUUCUGCGUUAUGUCAGUGAUCCAAGAAAUGCUUUAAAGUCUGUGGCUAUCCCAGCAGUGAGUUCAGGUAUCUACGCCUUCCCAGUUGAUUUGUGUUCUAAAGUGAUUGUAAUGGCUGUAAAGGAAUUUGUGGAGGCAAGUCCACCAGGCUGUCUCAGGGAAAUCCGCCUGGUGAACAUUGAUGAGUCUACAGUCGCAGAAAUAAAGAAGGCCUGUGAGAAGUUUCUGGGUGAUACCAAUUCACUUGAAGACACUGUGCCAGCUUCACUAAGCCGGUCUCCACGUCACCUCAUACAUGAAAACAUCCGCUUGCGCAUCAUAGAACAACACCUUGAAAAUCUGAAGAAUACAGCUAUUGUUAACCUCAUGAAUGCAAGGGAUGUGCUUUCCUCUCAAUUUUCAAGACUGCUGGAAAAAGAGGGUCCAACUUUUCAGAGGGAACUUCAGCGUCAUCUUAGACAUCCAACACGUAAGGAACCCCUGAUAAAAAAAACACAAAAGCCGCUCUCCACAUUUGUACUGCACGUGGUACUGCAAUACCAGCACCCGGUGUUACAGCUUGAGGAAUUGAAGGAUGCAGUGAAAAGAUGCCUGGGUCACUUUCAGGACCCCUCACCUCCCUCAGUUUCUUUUCCAAUAAAUUGGUCACCAAAGCUGCCUGUUGACGUAGUGGCAGACACAAUGAUUGAAGCAGUUUUAAAUUUUGCCAGGACACAUCCUACGAAGAAGAGAGAAGUGCAGUUUGUCAUUUGCCCAGAUGACCAUGAGGCUGCCCGUGAGGUUGUCCUGAGAAAAUUUUAUUCAGCAAAAUACAAGCUGGAAAACAGAAGUGAUCCUUUGAGUACAGAGUCAGGCAGUCAGACUGCAAAAGAGCCUGCAAGCAGUGAACCCGUGAUUGAACUUAGAGGGUGCACACCCACAGCACUGGGAGCAGCAGAAUCGUGGCUCCAACAUGUAAUGAAAAUUCAGGAAGGUUCCCAUGCUGUUAUUGAAAACAACUACAUUUUUUGCCUUGGUAAAGAAGAGUUUGCAGAACUGUCUCAAGUCCAGCCUUCUAGUGUAUGUGUGUCAGAAAAAGUCAGAGAUGGACAAGCAAAACUGGAACUGCAGGGCCCUCCUGAUGUUUUGAUUGAUACAGUGCUCGCAACUGAAGAAUUACUGCUUCGUGUGCAAGAGAAGACUAUUGCUGAGCAAGAGAAACUGCUCUACUCAAUGUGCCAAGCAGAAGCAGCCCAGCUUUCAGAAGGAGACUUUCACAAGACAAGUACUGCUGACUACAUCCCGAUUUCACCAGUAGACUGCCACCUCCAGGAGUUUAAAAUCAGACAAAAAGAGUUUGAAAAAGCUGGACUUCGUGUUCUCAGGAUUGAAAAGAUACAUAAUCCACUUCUAUCUGCUGCAUUCCAACAAAUGAAAAAAAAAGUAGUUGAUAGCUCCAAAACAACUCAAAAGUUGUACCAGAAUGUUCCUGCCGAGUUCUGUUGCUCAGUUUGCCAAACUGGAUUUCACAGGAUGUAUUCUCCACCAGAAGAACAAAAAUAUGGAGCUGGCAUCUACUUUACAAAGAACCUGAGGUACCUGACCAAGAAUAAAGCUACAUGGGAAAUGGAUUCUAAAAUGUACGUGUUUGAGGCUGAUGUAAUAACUGGCACAUACACUACAGGCCAGCCAUCUUGUAUUCUGCCACCAGUACUGUAUAGGAAUGCCUUUACAUUGUAUGACAGUUUAGUAGAUGAUUUGUACAAUCCUGAGAUCUUUGUCAUUUUCAAUGGUUUUGCAGCCCUUCCACAGUAUUUGCUGACUUGUUCCCCACUGAGAGGUAUGUAGCUCCUGGGGGAACGAGCAGGAUCCUCAGUGGGAAUAGAGCAGAACUGUAGCUAUGGUGAAGACCCUCUGAGAACAAAGUCUAGUGCUUAGAUUUAAGAGGAUGCUCUGCUUUGUAGUGUGCUGUGGUCAGAGUGCUUCCUGAAAAGCUUUCUGAAGUAUUUGUGAACAAAAGAGUAAGUUAACAUCUUAAGGAGAUUAGGACAAAAUUACCUAUGAAUGGAAGCAGAAGGGAAAGCAUUCCAAAAUGCAGUGUAACAUUUAACAUUAACGUUUAACAUACCUGAUCAUUUACUUUAAUCCUUAAAGUGAUCUCAGCUUGUGACUUUAUGCUUGAUGUUUGUGUAGGCUGUCAUUCUUCCACUGCAUUUUCUUAACCUGACAUAUUGCAUAGAUCAGGAAAACACAAGAAAUCUUGGUUGUGCCUUUUGAGUCUUAAGUUUUCUUUUGACUUAAGAUAGGAGAAUGUAGCAGAUGAGAGCUGUUUUCUGCUUAGGGACACGCUAUUAUAUACAGUUACGACAAACAUGAGGCAAUACUUCAUGAUUUCUUACAAUGGUUGCUGUACAUUUUUUAUUAGUUACUUCAAGCACUGUAGAUGCACAUAUUCAAAAUAAAAAGUAUGAAUGUCACUAUCUGUUAACUUGUAUUUUUCUGUAGUCUUAAGAACGUGAUUUGUACUGUACAUGAGCUUCAGAUUUCUCAGCAGCAUUCAGUCUUUUUGAAAGGUUACAAAAUAGUAGAGAACUGGUUCAAGCUGCAGCUUGAAAUUAUUUUUCAAUUAAUCUACCUUUACCAACAUCUUUUAAAGAUUACAUUGUCAGCCUUGUAGCCAGGAAUCCCCACAUUGCUUCUGCAGUGACCUGAAGCAAAUACAUGGAAAAGCCCAAGAGCUGUUGCAGCAAUUCCAGUGUAAAAGGGGAUUCAGUCCAGCACUUGGGUACCUGGAAACUUCCUCUAGUAAAGCCUGCUCAUGGGGAGUAGUCUGAUCUCCAAAACACAGGUGAAAUUAGCAUUUAAUAAAACUUUUCAAAAUAAUUUGUUAAUCAAUUGCCAGGAUGCUUGUACUGCACCUGCAACUCCUGAGCUAGUAGCUGUAGUGCUAGGAACCAUUCACAAGUCCAAAAGAAAUUAAGUUAAAAAAGUUUAAUUCUGAAUUCUGAGGUUAAAAGUGGAAAUAUUUUUUUAACCAUUGCAAAAUAAACUUUAGGAUUAAUAUAUUCAUAUUUUGGUUUUUUUAAAAUUAUUUUUAAGAUUAGCUAUGCUUGCUGUUUCAAAGAUAGUUUUGUAGUGUGAGCCUCUAACACAAGAGUUUUGCUCUUAAGAAGUCAAAAAGUUUGCUCUUAGAAAUUAUGCUGCAAUUCUUACAACAGAAUUAGUCUAUUCCUAUUUUAACUAUUCCAUUAAAGUAAUCAAUUAUUUUCCAUUUCUGUCCCCUUGUUCGUCAUAUUUCUUGAUUCACACAUUACUGCCAUAAAAACACAUAGUUGUAGAUUUAAGAUUUGUUAGCACUGAACAAAGUAAGUUCUUAUGUCAGCAUGCUCCAAGAGAUAUUUUUAAAGGGGUUUCAUGGUAGGAAUUUUUUUUUC